UGCGUAGAGCUGGGCUGGCGCUGUCGGAGCGGGGCCGGGUCGUGUCGCGAGGGGGAGGACCCGGAACCGCGCGGCGAGUGGCGUCCGCGUUGUAGUCUGUAAGCGGCCCGCCGGCCUGCAGCAGGAGCUGGCGCGCGAGGGGGUGCGGGUCUGAAGUGGCCGGGAGGUCGCGAGCGGAGGCCGGCAGCCGGGAGCCGCUUCCCGCGGGGCGGAGGUGUGCGCACCCCGACUUGCGGCGGCCCCGUUUCCCGGGAGAUGCUGUGACGGCUCCGCGCGGGAGGAGCUGCUGUCGCGCCUCGCCUGGCGCCCCCCGGGACUCGGCGGCCGCGGCGGCUCGGACACCCGCCUUCGCAGUGGAAGUAUGCGAGACUUAAGAGCACAAGUGACUGGUGGUCUGCUACACUUCCCAGAAGUGACUAUUCAGGCACUUGGUGAAGAUGAAAUAACAUUAGAAUCUGUACUCCGUGGAAAGUUUGCUGCAGGGAAAAGUGGACUUGCUUGCUUAGCUUGUGGUCCACAACUUGAAGUAGUAAACUCUAUAACAGGAGAUCGAUUAUCUGCAUAUAGAUUCAGUGGAGUGAAUGAACAUCCUCCUAUAGUUCUUGCUGUAAAAGAAUUCUCUUGGCAGAAGAGAACUGGUCUGUUAAUUGGAUUGGAAGAAGCAGAAGGGAGUAUUCUUUGUCUUUAUGACCUUGGUAUAUCAAGAGUGGUUAAAGCAGUUGUUCUUCCUGGAAGGGUAACGGCUGUUGAGCCUAUAAUUAAUCAUGGAGGCGCCAGUGCAAGCACUCAGCAUUUACAUCCGAGUUUGCGAUGGCUAUUUGGUGUGGCAGCUGUGGUAACUGAUGUUGGACAGAUCCUUCUUAUUGACCUAUGUUUGGAUGACUUGUCGUGCAGUCAGAAUGAAGUAGAGGCAUCAGACAUUGAAAUUGUAAAUGGUAUCCCUGCUGAAGUACCACACAUCAGAGAAAAUGUGAUGCGAGAAGGGCGCCAUCUGUGUUUCCAAUUAGUGAGCCCAUCAGGAACAGCUGUUUCAACCCUUAGUUAUAUAAGCAGGACAAAUCAGCUUGCUGUAGGUUUUUCUGAUGGCUAUCUAGCACUUUGGAAUAUGAAAAGCAUGAAAAAAGAAUACUACACGCAAUUGGAAGGUGGAAGAGUGCCAGUGUAUGCUGUAACUUUUCAAGAACCUGAGAAUGAUCCUCGUAAUUGCUGUUACUUAUGGGCUGUUCAGUCUACACAAGAUAGUGAAGGGGAUGUUUUGAGUUUACAUCUGCUUCAACUGGCUUUUGGCGACAGAAAGUGUUUGGCAUCAGGACAAAUUUUAUAUGAGGGGUUAGAGUAUUGUGAAGAAAGAUACACACUGGAUCUCACAGGUGACCUGUUUCCUUUGAGGGGACAAACUAACAAUACCAAACUAUUGGGAUGCCAGAGUAUAGAGAAAUUUCGGUCUCAUGGUGAUCGGGAAGAAGGCAUGAAUGAAGCACUGUCUCCUGAUACCAGUGUUUCAGUUUUUACCUGGCAAGUGAAUGUAUAUGGACAGGGAAAACCUACUAUAUAUUUGGGACUUUUUGACAUCAAUCGUUGGUAUCACGCACAAAUGCCAGAUUCAUUAAGAUCUGGAGAAUACCUACAGAAUUGUUCUUAUUUUGCACUUUGGUCACUGGAUUCUGUUGUGAGUAGAAUUUCUCCACAUUACAUCUUGGAUAUACUAGUGCAUGAAAGAAGUUUAAGUCGAGGAGUACCUCCUUCAUAUCCACCUCCUGAGCAGUUUUUUAACCCAAGCACUUAUAAUUUUGAUGCCACUUGUUUAUUAAAUUCAGGAGUUAUUCAAAUAACUUGUGCUGGCUUUCAGAAAGAGACUUUGACUUUCUUGAAGAAAUCAGGUCCAUCUUUGAAUGAAGUGAUUCCUGAUGGUUAUAAUCGAUGUCUUGUGGCUGGUAUUCUUUCACCAAGACUUACUGAUAUUCAUCCUAACAGUUUAAGUCGGGAAGAACAGUUACAAGCUAUAUUGUCAGCAGCAAUCCAUACAAGUUCAUUGGGACUUUUGAUUGGCUGUAUCAAAACAUGGAUAAUGGAAGAACAACCAAAUUCUGCUGCUAAUUUGCGCUUUGUUCUUGAAUGGACAUGGAAUAAAAUGAUUGUCACAAAAGAGGAGUUUGACAGACUAUGUACACCAUUAUUUGAUGGUACAUGUCAUUUCAUUGACCCACAAACUCUGCAGUCCAUCCAGCAGUGUCAUUUGCAUUUUAGCAACCUUACUACAGUCAUUAGCUGUUUCGCAGGGGAAGCCCAAGAGAUCACUGAGAGAGGUCGUAAGGACCUCCACAAUAAGAACUUGGUGGCACAGCUCAUCUGCCAAUAUGCACAAAUGGUUCUUUGGUUCUGCCAUUCUGGGCUAUUACCAGAGGGCUUUGAUGAUACUGUGCAGUUAUCAAGACUGUGCUACAACUAUCCUGUGAUUCAGAACUACUACACCAAUCGACGACUGAAGAGUGAACAUUUAUCAAGAGGGAAGUGGAACCCUGAUUGCCUGGUGAUUGAUGGAAUGGUUUCUCAGUUAGGUGAUAGAAUUGACAAGUUGUGGAAACGAGAUGAAGGAGGCACAGGAAAAUAUCCUCCUACUAGUCUGCAUGCACUACUGGACAUAUACCUACUAGACAACAUUACUGACGCCAGCAAGCAUGCUAUUACCAUUUAUUUGUUACUUGAUAUUAUGCAUUCUUCUCCAAGCAAAACGGGUGCUUCUCUUGAAUCAUUUCCAACUGCCUUUGCCAUUUCUUGGAGCCAGAUUAAACUUAUUCAAGGGAUUUGGUUGAUAGAUCAUAAUGACUAUGAGAAUGGUUUGGAUCUUCUGUUUAACCCAGCCACUGCAAAACCUGAGUCAUGGCAGCAUUCAAAGAUUAUUCAAGCUUUCAUGAGUCAGGGUGAGCACAGACAAGCCCUCAGAUACAUUCAGACAAUGAAGCCAACAGUGUCCAGUGGCAGUGAUGUUACCCUGCAUAUCACUGUUUUCCUUUAUAAUAGGUGUAUGGUUGAGGCCUGGAAUUUACAGCGACAACAUUCCAGUAGACUGAAUAUAGAGGAAUUACUAAAACAUACCUAUGAAGUCUGUCAGGAAAUGGGCUUAAUGGAGGAUUUAUUGAAAUUACCAUUUACAGACACUGAGCAGGAGUGCCUGGUGAACUUUUUGCAGUCCAGUGCCAAUGUUCAGAAUCACGAAUUUCUUCUAGUUCACCAUUUGCAGCGUGCCAACUAUAUCCCUGCCUUGAAACUAAACCAAACUCUGAAGAAUAUUCUUAUGAAUGAUCGAGACCCACGUCUGCGGGAAAGAUCAGUGGCUCGAAAUUCUAUAUUAGACCAGUAUGGAAAAAUCCUUCCUGGAGUUCAGCGAAAAUUAGCUGUUGAGCGACCUAAGCCUUACUCUCUGUCAGCACGACCAGUUGUUCGAGAAGUUUCUAGACCCAAACCAUUAUCAUCAUUUCCCAAAAAAGCUGCAAAAGGGACUGUGAUAUCCAGGUCUACUUUCAUCAGUAAUGUGUUAUCUAAAGUUGGAGAGGUUUGGGCAAGUAAUGAACCUAAACCUAGUGUCUCGCUCUACAAUGGUCCUCAAAUACAAGAACCAUCUCCUAUAGUAUAUUCUCUCCCAGUUCCAGAGCUGCCUGAGGCAUUUGUCGGGACACCAAUUUCAAAAGCCUCACAAAAAACUUCUAGAAUACUGGAUUUGGUUGUACAUCCUGUUGCCCAGCCUUCUCAAUGCCUGGGGUCUAUUCAGCAAAGCCCCACGACAUCUCCUUUGGGCCCAGCAGCCAGUUCUUCGCUAGUACGAUCACAGUUAAGAGGAUCGUGUCAAAGCACCUCCAAAGCUUCAGAAUUUCAUCUGCUUGAAACUCCUCUUAUAGUGAAGAAAGCUAAAACUUUGGCCAUGUCAGUUGCUUCCUCUGGAUUUGCCGAUUUUACUCCUCAGUCCAUCUUAAGGUCUGGUCUUCGAACAACUCCUCUAGCAUCACCCUCUUUGUCACCUGGGCAAUCUCUUACUCCUCCUCUACGUCUUAAAGAAACAAGAAUUUCAUUCAUGGAAGAAGGCAUGACCACAAAGUGGGCUACUGGAGCUGUGGAUGACAACAAAACAAUACCAGGUGUUUCAACACCUUUAAGUGAAUGUGAAGUUCCUGCAGAUGAAUGGUUGAAGGAUAAGAUACCAUCUUUUUCUUUAGAAAGCCCAGUGAAGGACCCUCAUGAAGAAAUGAAGUCACAGGCUACAUCUUCACAAAAUUUAGAGAAAAUGGAUAUAAGCAAAGAUAACAGCAAUGCCUCAACCAGAUCAGACCAAACAACUUUGGAGUAUCAGGAUGCACCAUCACCAGGAGACUUUGAAAAUAUAUUCACAGCCUUCAAGCCGGCAGGCUCCUCCACUGAACAAGUUACUGAGCAGAAAGAGGACAGUGAUAGAGAUGUGUUUGAGUCAGACAUAGCUCCUCCAGAACUCAAAACACAAAUGGGCACUUUAGAAAAUACAGACGCGCAGGACCUCCUGGUUACAGAGGAGUCACUUUCAGAAUCAAACCACCUUAGUCAAGGAGUUGAAGCUUCUCAGUGUGUGCCAUCAGCCCAUGAAGGGAAAAUUCUCACACCGAAGCCCGAGGUACCUGUUUUAGAUGCAACUGUUGAAACUUGCACCUCUGCAGUUAAAACAGCUGUAACCAGUAACCUUGAUAAUGGACAUUCUGGGCUUGUUAUUUCUGAAAGUCCUAUUAUCUCUGAACAUAAGGAUGACCAGGGAAUAGCAGAGAGCCUAGAAGAAGACCAAGAAGUAGAAGUUGAUGUUCUAAAAGAAAGUGUUGACAUACUAGAAGAAAAGCCUACAAUAUCUGAUGUUUCUCCUGAUACUCAAGAAAUUCAUGUGAUAGAACAUGAAAAGCUGGAAGUUCAAGAUUCAGCUCAAGAGGCUACGAUUUUUUCAUUUAAUGAGUUGUAUCCCUCAGAAACUCUUAAGCUUCAAUAUAAUUUUGAUACCAUGGAGCGACAGUUUUGUGAGUUGCCUGAUAAAGACUCUGCUGAGUGUGAUGUUGCUGAAGUAGAUGGGGAACUUUUUGUGACCCAGACCAAUUUUACCUUGAUAUUAGAAGGUGAAGAAGGCGAAACUGAGCCAGGUGAUUCUGCAUUAUCGAAUGUGUUAGCCAAUGCAACUAACACAGCAACUGAAGUAAAACAUGUACACAGUGAAGAAAAUAAUAGUCACACGCAUAUUGCAAAUUUGCCAUCUAUCAUAACUGGUGAUCAAGACUCACAAAAGGUAGAACCGUUACCGUAUGUGCCUGAACCAAUUAAAGUAGCAAUUGCAGAAAAUUUAUUAGAUGUGAUUAAAGAUACAAGAAGUAGAGAAGUUACUUCAGACACAGUGGAACAGUCUGUUAGUGAAAACAUACCUUUAGUUAGCCAAAAGGUAAUGCGUUCCAGAAAGUUAGUCAAAUCUAUGUCUAAGACUGUUGAUGAAACUAGCUCAGUGACUUUAAAUGUUAGCCAGGUUAGUGAUACGAUUUCCUCCAGAACCCGCACAAGAGGACAGCGUGUCCAGAACCCGAAUGUUAGAUCAGCACAAGAAGAGUCAGCAAUUGUUGCUACUCCUGAGAUGUUGGGGCUUUCAGCUAAGAAGAGAACUAGGAAAACAAAAGAAAUUUCUGAAAGUGCCUAUUCUGAUCUUAAAAGAAUGUCUCAGAAACAGCAAACACCUCAGAAUUCUGUUACUCCUAGGAGAGGAAGGAGAAGAAAAGAAUUGAAUGAAGACACAUUAGAAAAUAUUAAUUCUGUGGAAAAAGAACUACAGAUUACUCCAAGUACAGAACUGAAACAAUUUAAAUCAUCUGAACUGUUGAAACCAACAACUGAAGAAGAUUCUUUUAGAAAGGAAAGUACUGUUUCAUCCAUUACAAAAAAGACUCCUAAAAGAAUAAAAAAAUCUGGAGAAAACCAGGAGAGUGUCGAAGCUGCAAAUGGUAUACAAGUUGGUAAUGUUGCAAGUCCUAGCAAAAGUACGAGAAAACUGAGAAGUGCUGGUUUAGAAACUUCUGAAAAUACAGGCUAUAAGCAAGACGAGAAGUCUGGUGGACAGCUGCCUGUUAAGCAUAGCAGAAGGGUUAGAGAAGUUACUGCAGCAGAUGCUAAAGAAGAUUCUAAACUUAACUCACCCCAGUUGACUCUCCCAACAGAACCUGGUACACCUGCUGCACCUAAAAAACGUGGUAGACCAAAGAAAAUAAGUCUACCUGAAGAAGUCGAACCUAAGGCUCAUCAGGAAGAGAGAAGUCCCCCGAAGAGAGAAACUCUCAGAACCCAAAGGAGGUCUACAAGAAAUACCCCAGCUAAAAAUGAAAAGACUGAUGUUGAGAAAUCAGCUUUAGAAAAAUCAGCUCUUGUGCCAAAUGAGGAACUUACUAUGUUAACCCCUAAGAAAAAAAUCAAAAGGACUGAAAACCAGAGCCAAAAACAUCCGUUAUGCUCAAUAGCAGAAGAAUAUGAAGACAAAGAGCCAAAUGACCAAGAAAAGUUGCUUGCCACAGCUGCUGUGACUAAGUCGUCUCGAAGCACACGGACUAGAUCUCGUAAGACCAUCUUGGUGCCGGACCUUCCUGAACCAAAAAAUGACUCUCUAUUUUCUCCUCCUUUGUCCAAGACUCCAGGGAAAAUGAAAGCUAAAGAAAUAGAGACUCCUGCACAGCUGAAAGAAUUAGUUUCAGAUGUAUCUUCUCAACUUGUCUCCUCACCUCCUGCGUUAAGGACAAGGCAGAAAAACACAUCCAAGCGGGUACGUGAACUGGAAGAUGAUAUUCAGUUAUUGGAAAUGGAGGGAAAACAAAAAGUAAAAAGAAUCAGGACUACAAAAACAAAACAGUCAAUCAGAAACACAGAAAAAGAAAGUGCUUGGUCACCUCCCCCAGUAGAAAUUAAGCUGAUUUCUCCCAUGGCAAGCCCAGUCGGUGGUGUAAAGAAUAAAUCAAAGAAAACUACAGAAGUAACUGGAAAAGUUCUUGGAAAGAGCAGAAAGAAACUAUCUUCCUUUCCAAAGCAAGUUUUACGCAGAAAAAUGCUAUGAUUUUUAUUUCCAUGUUUUUAACACCACACUUGUUUGUGAAAGUCAUCAAAAUUGUGUGGAUUAUUAAAGAUCAUCUAAUUUAGAAGAAAAUAAUUUAUAUAAAUUAUUGUACAUUUUUAUAAACAGAAGAUCUUAAGUAAGCAAAACAACUCCAUAAGGAGUGUAAUUCUCUUAGCUCGAGCAGCAUUUUGUAUUUUAUAUUGACUUCAUACAUUUAUAUAUAUAUAUGUAAAUAUGACAUUUAUUGGAAUGUUAAAUAAAGUGUAUACUUCACAGUAGUGUGUGUCUGUUAGAUUUUUAAGAAGGGAUUAUGUUUCAAUAAUUUUAUAUUCUAGUAGGCAGUGGCUCCAUUUUCUCUACACUUGAGAGUAUUUGACCACUCUUAAAAUGCAGAUAAUCGAACUGUUAUUUUAUAAGUUGCUAUUGUAUAAUUUAUGCUCUAUCUGUGAUUAAUAUUUCUAAUCAUAAAUUGUAUUUUUGGGGCCUGUUACUCUGUUCAUAUUGUGGGCAUGUUAUUUUGCCACUUUUUUGUAAAAGCUUAACACAUUUGUGUAAUCUACCUCAAAUGAGUAACUUUUCAAGUAAUGCAUUGGUUAACUAUAAUGCUGGCAUUUCUUGUUCACCAAGCUUAAAGGCCAUUUGUCUUGAAAGUCUCUUCAUUAUUCAGAGACUCUUUUAUCCAGGUUAGAUUGACCGGUUCACUGCUCACUUGCAACUGCGUAAAAGGUUUUGAAAAGAAAGGGAAAUAAACAAAUCUCUUUCAUGGCUUUUUAGUGCACCUUGUAUGUGCCUAAUGACAUAAUACUCUUGCUGUGAAGGAAAUGGUACUGAAUCACAGAAAUCCCCUAAAAUUCACGUUUUUAAAUCAACAAAUUUUCCUAAGACCUCAGGCAUAGAUUAUUGAAGGUGGAGAACGAAUGUCAAUAGAAAAUGGAAUAAAAAGAAAGCACUCUGUUCUCUGCAACAUGGCUGUGCGGUUAAGUGGUGAUGCUUGAUGUAGGCUGUAAACUUCAUCAAUAAAUAAGUUACACAAUAAUUUAGAAGCUGGUAAUGGAUACUGUUUGAUGAACGGACCAUUAAUAAUUAAUCUGGAGACAGACUGCUUUUGUUGGCUGAGCUUUAGUGCGUGUGCUAAUGUUUUAGUGUGAACCAUAAGCAGUGUGUGUUCUACAUUAAUUUUCUGCCAAAUCAUACAAAUAAUGGAGAAAUGAUGACGAUGCCUAUGCCAAGGAUUGACAGUGUGAAAGUAGCAGUACGAGUGCGUCCUUUUAGUCAGGUUAGUGAUGAAGCUAUAUUGCCUUGUUAAAUUUGACUCUUGACUUUCUACAUUUUUUAAGACAGUAAUCGAACUUGUAUUUAAGCUGCUUGUUACUUCUGUGAUAUUAAAGUUAUUUAAAUGAGAAAUUGAAAAGAUCUCUAUAUACUUCAGUAAACAGUUUCAUUCCUUUGAGCAAGUAGCACAAUAAAAAAAAAAACAUUGACAAGAGAAAUGUGCUGUCAAGUUAAUGAUUUUUUAAACCAAUGCAGUUUGGUGAACACAGACAUGUGUCUAUUUUUAAGUAAUGUGCUUUUUGCCUAUGAUAACAGUAGGUUGUGAGCAAAUAAACUACCGGUUCUGAAUGAA